AUGGCGCGGGAGCUGCCCCGCUGCUCCCGAGCAAACUUGGUGUUGCACCAGACUGUGGAGCGCAUCCACGUGGGCAAGAAGUAUGGGGACAUCCCUCGAGGUAUCUUUGUUGUGAGAGGCGAGAACGUUGUUCUGCUGGGGGAAAUAGACCUGGAGAAGGAGAGCGACACACCUCUGCAGCAGGUCUCCAUCGAGGAGAUCCUGGAGGAGCAGCGGGUGGAGCAGCAAGCCAAGCAGGAGUCGGAGAAGCUGAAAGUGCAGGCGCUGAAGGAGCGGGGCCUCUCCGUCCCGCGGGCGGACACCUUGGACGAGUACUAGAUGUGCUGCCCCUCGGAUCUUUCCUCCGCGGCAGAGCGAGGGGUGCUCCGUGAUCCACCCAUGCGUGGGCAGAUCUCUUUGGAAAGGCAGUUUUUAUUUUCAGAUUGUUUUCUGUGGCACAGAUAACUGUAAAAAAAAAAAAAAUCAUGCCUUUAGUUUCUCCUUGCGGAGAAGGAGGAGCGAAGGCAUUCGGCUGCCCUUCGAGGUGGCCAGGCGCGCUGGGGAGCACGAGCGUUUGUGUUCAGGAGGCAAAUCACUUGGUCCUUCGGGUUUGUUUGCUUUUUCCUCCUCACGUGACUCUGGGUGAGAGUUUUCCUUGAUGUGUAAAUAAAUCCUUGAUCUCAAC